CGUCGGGCACAAGCGCACGGCACCGCACCCGCGUUCGACAACGAGAGGGCGCGUGCGCGCCGUACAUACACACGCGCCCGUAGACGCGGAAGCGUUCGCACACACACACGCGCGCGCGCCAAAGCUCACAGCAGUGCCUUCUCGUCGUCGAACCUGCCGCCGCCGCCGCCGCCGUCAUCCCGUCGCCGCAGCCGUCGGCCGAAACGCAUCCACGUCCCGGGACGGUACAAACGCGCUACGCUACAACGGGCACGACUACGUGGUGCCGCUGCGACGGCCAGUACCAAGGUGUACCGCAUCCAUCACCGGUAGAACGAUAUAAGAGCGUCCGAGGCAACAAAUAACCGUCUCGCUCCACAGCAGCACACCACACCUUGCUGGCGCGCGCGACCUGCACUGCCCGUCACCAGUACGCGUUUAGUACACACGCACCGCGGCGUACAGCAGAAGCCGUAUCGUCCAACGUUCCCAUCGUUUUCUCGACAAAAUGGCUGAUGGUGCUGGGCUUACCGCAGGAGAUGACACAGUGGUUGGAGGUCCAAAAACGCCACAGCAGAUCGCGGCGCAAAAGCGACUGCAGCAAACUCAAGCACAAGUCGAUGAGGUAGUGGAUAUUAUGAAGACAAACGUGAUGAAGGUGCUGGACAGGGAUCAAAAACUCUCUGAACUAGAUGAUAGAGCAGAUGCUUUACAACAAGGAGCUUCGCAAUUUGAACAGCAGGCUGGAAAACUGAAGAGGAAGUUUUGGCUACAAAAUUUAAAGAUGAUGAUCAUAAUGGGAGUUAUUGGUCUCAUAAUUUUAGCUAUUAUAGUUGCUUGGUUUUCGGACGAUUAAAACAUAACAAACUUCGAUUGCAAGCCACCACACAUUUAAGAACUAACAACUGUCAUUACGUGACUAUAAUGGCAAAGAAACUUAAGGUGCAUUAAAACUAAAAAAAAAAAUAAAUAAAAAUAUUAUA